AUGGCUCUUACUGCUGCACAGAGGGAUGCCCGGAGGCGAAACUGUGCUCUUGCCCAUGCAGCUAAGGAGGAAUCAAGCCGUUAUGAGAAGGCGGCAGCCAUCUUUGCCGAGGAACUCUCAAAAGGCAAUGCAACGGCAGCGGCUCUUCGGAUCAAACUCAGAAAUGAACAGCGCAAGAACAAAUGGAAUCUGGAUGCCAAAGUUACCCUUACAACGCGGCUGAAACAGGCCCAGGCCGAAGGGAGACGGCAUCUUGCGGCCAUCAAGGUUCAGGAGUCCAGGAUCUUGGUGCUGGCCUCUCGGGAACAAGAACUUCUUGUCGAACUGAAAGGAGCUUCGGACUCUCAUCAAUCUCUCGCUGAAAAGAUAUUUUCUGUCAACUCUGAGCUUCGAGACUGCCAGCAAAGAGGCGAGCAGCAACGGAUACAUGCAAUCUCACUGGAGCGGCAACUUCUGACUGCCACCAAAUCCCGGGAAUCUGGUCAGCAGUCCAUCACACAGCUACAGAUAAAAAUAACAGCUUUGAUGCGGGAUCGGCGCAUCCUCCGGGUCCAGCUCUCUCGUUCACGCUCAGAGACUCAUCAGGCAAUCACAGCAGCAAGCACCAUCACUCACUGGCAACGGCUCAAAAACAAGGGGAUUAUUACUGAGGCAGGGCGGCUCCUCGUGCAUGAGCUCACACGUCUUGGGCUUCCCUCAGCAAACAUUUCCGAGGCUCUCAGGAUCACUGCGGAGGCGUGGGGAAUCUCCAUCACUGGCUCAAUCAGCCGUCGAAGUGUUUCUUGCAUCAUUCUGGAGGGUCUUACGGCUGCGAAACUGCAAAUUGUAGACGCUGUGCAUGCUGCUGAAGGUGUCUCACUCUCUGCUGAUGGCCGCUAUGCAGCUUCAAGGCUGGCAGAGUUUAACAUCCGACGAUCUCUAUGCUGUCUGGAACAGUAG